AUGGCAACGAGCAAGACAGGACUUUCCGUGGAGGAGAUUGUGUCGCGGAUGACAAGCAUGGAUUCGCUGGAUGGAUGGGGUGUUCUUGUUGCCUACAAUGAGAAUUCUCUGGACAAGCUUCUCGAAGCGCGGCAUAACGCCCUUCCAGAAAACAUGACCAAAAUCCCUAGUUUAGAGGUCCCCGUACCAGACUCUACAGACCCAUCAUUGAAGAUCAAAUAUCGGGAUCUCACACUUCAAACUCCUGUCCUGAAACUGAAGGCUUCCUCUGGCCUCGUUCAACUUCUAUUUUCCCUUGGAGGAUAUUAUACCGAGCCAGGUCAGCCUGAGUCGAUGUUCGAAGAUGGCCUGUUCCUCGAGGCAGAGGGUAGACUUGUCAACGUCGCUGGGCAGAGCGGGUCUGUCUCUCUGUUUGGUACCGUACAAAGCUUGGAAAACUCCGGGGAAUCGAAGUGUGAUGUCGCAAUUGAUUUGACAUCUCCUCUAGUCCAAAUUUUGGAUAAGGAUAAAAAUCCUGUUUUCUCCCUGGGAAACGUUGCGACGACUUUGACGAACCAGAUCUCUUCUAUAGGACUUCAAUACAGACUCGCCACAGUACAGAAGGAUACUGCCGGGGUGGCAACCAAGGCUGGUUCUCAAAUUAUUCUCAAGCCAACGAAGUUUGUCAUGACCACCGUUGAAAGCAACGAUUCGGCCCCAGGGGCACUCCUCGUUUGGAUGGCUGUGGAGGGCAUUCAGUCAACUGGAAGAAUCCCUUCUGAGUCCAGUCCUUUGAUCUUUUCGCGUCAAGGGGAUAAUGAUAUAACCAACGCCAGCCCCAUUUCUAAAGAUUCCACGGCAAGCAUCGUCAUCUCCCGCGAGGUUUUUACAUCGCUCUUUAUUGAAGCAGGUCUACCGCACUCCCGUCCAUGA